CAAUGUAUGAUGUGUUGCAUAACUUCUUAAUGUAUAUAGUGUUGCAUAACGUCUUAAUUAUAACCUUGGAACAUAGAUUACUAAUUUAUGUUCUGAGAUUAUGAUGUAUGCCUAACUUCUGACUGUAGGGUGUGUUGUCUACAUUCCCGAUGUAUGAUGUGUUGCAUAAUCUAGUCAGUAAAUAGUUUCUUGUGAAAAUGAACUAUGCUACGUCGUUGGAAAUUAAUAUUUCUGGAAUUAUUUCAGAAACGAUUAAUACUUUUCAAUCAAUAAUGAUCAUAAUAUAACACUCGACGAACUUAAAACAUUUUUAUUCCAAAAAAGAAUUGUGCGUCUUAGGAAAGUUAAUUUUUGUCUUUAAUGCGUCAAAAUUUAUUUACAAAUUUCGCGAAUAACAAAUAAAAUCAUAUAGUUAUACAAAUAUACCCGCUAACUGUAUCCAAAAGUACUUAAAAGCGAAAAAUAAUGUUUUGAUUCAAUUAUGUUUGAUAGCGCCAUCUUUAAAUUACUAGAAAUACCUUUAGGUAUAGUUAUAUUAAUCCAAACAUGCCCCCUAGCACCAUCUAGCAGCUGAUGAAACUACUUGUAGUAGAAAUCUGUUCUUUUAUGUAGAUAACGAUAAUUCAUACACCUUUAGUUUCGAAGAAUUUCCCAAGAGGGCACUUGAAACCACAAGAUGUGAACUUACCGGGUAUCUUCCGAAAGUAACAAUAGAAAUUGAUAUAACAAUUUGAACUGAAUGCUUUUAUAUAUUGUUCAUAAUUUAAUUAUUAAUUCUACAUUCUACGUUUUUUAUAAUAUAAAUGAGGUUAUGUUAUCUAUAGUUCUAAUUAAAAGACGUAACCAAGAAAGUAAAUUAGCUUUAAUAACAUUUUUUGUAGUUAUUUUAUCUAAUUUUGAUAAAAAAUUUUAAAAAUAUCUCAUAUUUUAGAUAUAAAGGGAUGGUGGAUGUUAAAUCGUUGCCAAAUCUACGUCGUAGGUACAGAAUAUAAUAUAUUUAAAAAAAAUUAUAAUAUUCAAAGUUUUAUUAAAUAAAUUGCAUAAUUUUUACAAAUAUUAGGAAAUUUUAUUUCAAUUAGUGAAAACAUUUGUAUUUAUAAUAAAAAACAUAGUUGCCCUUUGUUGCCUACUGUAAAGUGUAAAUAAACUCUGCUAUCUGUCAAUAGAUGGCGCCGUGUGUUAUAUAAUUUCAAUUAUAUAUUCAUUAAAAUAAAUUACUGAACAAUAUUAUGAAUAAAAAUUUUCUAAAAACUAUUUAAAAUAACUAAUUUAAUACAAUAACCAUAUAAAUUUUGAUAGAAAAAAACUUUUUUUGACAAUCCCUAGUGAAAAAAUAAAAUUUUAAUGAAAAGAAUGAUUAUCUUUUGAUAUUAUCCAAUUUUAUGGAUUUAUUUAAAAAUAUUCGAUUUCCACUGUAAAAAUUCAAUCAAUUUCCCUGUAUAUCAUUACCGACAAACAAAUUUAAAAUUAAUGAUUGGAUAACAAAUUAUAUAAUUACUUUAAAAACACUAAGUAGAUAGUGAAUAAAUUGUUAAGUGUUCGAUUAACUUUCACUUUAACCUGGUAUAAAUUUAAUUUUGUCCUAUCGGCAAAAACCUCAAGCAUUGUUUAUUUUAAAUACAUACCGAAUCCCCCUUCCUUUCACCGAUCGUUUUUAUACAAAAUAUUACAGAAUAAGUUUAACGUAAAUAUUUACCAACCUCCAACGUCUCCAGUUGGCAGCACUACUAAUACAACUUCCAGCACAGUUUCACUUUCGAGAAGUGCACCGUCCACAACAAAAUUUUUAACCUACUCGUUACCUCGUCAAUUUCUUUGUGAUACAUAUGAUACGAUACACGGAAAAAGCACCACACGUUUUCUAGUUCUCUAAAUACGUAACCGUUCCUUACAGUCAGUCAGUACGUUUUAAAACAUCGAUAAUAUUUGAAUAAUAUCGAUUAUUUAUUUCGUCGCAGUAUCCGGAAUCGUAUAAAGAUGAAAUUCAGAAGAACCAAAACUAAGGUUACACCUCCUCUCCCGAAAACUUAAAGCGCCAGCUUGGACGAACCAACGGCGGAAUAUUACGAUCGUUUACGAGUGUAGUUCUGUAUCGUGACGUCAUAUAAUUAGAGUAAAUACAAAGUAGAUGGCCGUGUCAGCGUGGUGUUUGUGAAUAGCUCUGUGAUUAAUUCUUAUAAAAAUAUGGGUAAUAGUGAUAAUAUACAGUUCGUCGGGGGACCUUGCGGUCAACACGGACCGUAUACAUUUUACAAAGCGUUUAAAUAUGUUAAAAACGGUAUAUGCCGAAUAGUGACAUUGAGUGAAUUUUUUUUUGUGAAAAUGUGGAGAGACAGUGACUUAUUGUGUAUAGGAGAAUUGCAAUUAUUAUGGUUAGAUAAAAAUAGUGAACAAGUAUUGGCUAGUUUGAGGUUAUAUUUCCUACCGGAAAAUACGCCGGAAGGACGUCUGGACCAUGGAGAGGACGAAGUUCUUGCGAUUACGGAAAAAGUAGUGAUAAGAGUAGAAGAUUUGAUAACAUUGAUAACGGUAGAAGCCGAAUGGACGUGGGGACGUUUGGCAAAAUCCGAACAAGACAUAAAACAAUCGGAUGAUAAUAGCGACGAGGAAAACGUUCCUCCAAGAAAACCGGCGGGAUUGAGUUUCACAAUAAACGACAGUUUGUUAGAUUAUGCAGACGUGGAAAACGAAAGAAAACAUUUGGAGAGCGAUGAAACGCUCAAAGAUCCCCACGUCGUCAUACUCAGUUUCCCCAAAUAUUGUCGAUACCGGGCCAUGAUGAAACGUCUCGAAGGCGUCGAAGACGUUUACCUAAGACAAAAAUUAGUAAACGCCUUGGGCGGUUUCUACGUCGUACACCCCAACACCAGGGUACUAUUCUGUAGAGACACUUUCGAUUAUCCCGAAUUAGAAGGACACGAACUACUCUGUAAUCACCUGGCCCCGAAACUCAAGGGGCGACCUCGCGGCAGACGGAAAAAACGUAGCGUCUCCCCGGGUUCGGAAAGCAACGAAUCCGAAUCAUCUAUUAGUACUAAUACCAAGGCUGAAACUAAAUUAAACGUCCACGAGGCUCCGGACACGGUUCCGAGACGCAGCACCAGGUGUCACGAGAAUAACGAAAACAAGGAAUUCGUGAGGAAACUCGGAGCCUUUAUGAAAUCGAAUCGCACGCCCAUUGGGAGGAUACCUUCGUUGGGCUACAAAGAACUGAAUCUGCACGAGUUCUUUAUAAGGGUGCAAAAAUUGGGUGGAUACGAUUGCGUGACGACGAAUCGGUUGUGGAAAUCGAUAUUCGACGAAAUGAGCGGUCACCAGAACAGCACCAGCGCCGCCACCAUCAUAAGGAGACAUUACGAAAGGUUUUUGUUGCCCUACGAGCGGCAUAAAAAGGGCGAGGAGUAUAAACCGCUGCCGGGUUCGGAAAGGAGGAGAUUGAAACAUAAAAGGGGAAGCGGCAGUUUGAGCGACGCCGAAUCUAGCAGCGACGGUUCUAUACCUUCGACGUCUAGGAAAUUGUCGGUUUCGGAAAGUUUGACGGAUACCAAGGAAAUAAUUAAACCGGAAGGAAAACCGUCAUCUUUGCGAAGCGUCCGCGUAAAACCGGAUAGACAAAAAGAUAAACAACUACAAAGCGAAAAAGACAACGUCAAUAAUAAUAACAACAACAACAACAACAACAACAACAACGAAAAAUGGCAACCAACGCCGAAAGUCCAAUCGGAAAAUUUAGACGAAACGAAAAUAGAGGAAAAACCGGAAGACACGACAAUGAAAACGGAAAUGUCUCCAUUAAAAACAGAAAACGAUACAGUAAAACAGGAAACGGACAUUGAAACCAAUCAAAACACGAACAAACCCGUGACGAUAUCGGUGAGGAUAGAAACCGAAAUGGUUCCGGUAAAACCAGAAGAUCCUCCAACAUCGAAAACAGAACAAAUCCCGUCUCCAACUACCACCACCUGCACCAAAACCGAAGAACUAGAAAAAAAAGAGAUAAAAAUAGAGAUGAUACCGGUUAAGAAAGAACCGAUAACCGAAACGGAAUCGCCGAUCGAAGGGAAAGAAAACGUCCCGGAAAUAACACCGUGCAGACAAAAAAUACAAGAAACCACAAACAAUUUCAUCCACGAAUUCAAAAAGAGAAAAUUGGACAUACUCAAAGAGGGAGGAUUGGAAGUGACGCCGGUGAGGACCGCCCAAAAAGACAAUAGACCAACGGUCAUCCAAACUCCGCCGGUACAACUGAUACCGAAAUCGGAAUCGAUGCCGCCGCCGACUACCCUACCUUUAAAAAGAAACCACGUCACCGUACCCCAAAUACAUUCGACCCCGAUCAAAAAAAUCCCCUACAACUUCCCUAACGGCACCACCCCGCCCAAAGUCCUCCAAUCCAAAUCGAUUUACACCUAUUCGGAAAAAACGAUCUACGGCAACCCCAAAGAUAUAUUGAACCCCAUAGCGCACGCCCCCAAAUUCGUCGAAAGACAACCGGGAGGCGAUCCGGUGGAUCUAUCGGUGAACAGCCCCCAGAAACCGAUAGUGGAAAUAAUGCGGAUACCGCAAACUUCGACGACGAACAACACCCCUUUCAACAGAGACACGGUCACCAAAAAUUUAUACAAAACUAAUUCCAUAGUGGACGGUAGACGGUUGGGCCCCAAUUUGGAAAUAACUUUGGUCGGACCGAAUAAUUACGGGAGAACGAACGCGGCGCAAAAACGCUUCUCCAACGAUCCCUACGCCCUAAGGAACGAAGAAAACGGCAAAAAUCGAUCGAAAUCGAACGCCAAACCGGCGACUAGCACCAGAGCCCCCUCGCAGCAACAACAACAACAACAAAAUUCGAAACAGUUCCCGAACCAGUUGCCCGGUUUUCAGCCUUAUUUGACGCAACUGUACGAACAGGCUAGUAAAAGUAUACCGCCGCCGUAUUUGCCUUUUAUCGAUCCCGCUAUGUAUUAUACGGCCGCUAUGCAGAAUUUGUAUUCGAAUAAUAGUUUGAAUUCGGCGCCCAUUUUGCCGAUGCCUACGCCGGAACAGCUCAAAUUGUACGCGGAAUUGAUGGCGACGCACGGUAGGAUGCAGUAUCCUUUUCAGAUGCCGCAGGAUAUUAGCAAAUUGAAAAAACAAUAAUCGCGAUAUUUGUGUACCGGUCCGGUCCGUUUUCGUAUUUGGAAUUUUCAAUUGAAUCGAAUCGUUUUUUUUUUAAUUUGUUUCCGCUAGUUUUUGAAUCGCUUGAAUUUUUCUCGUGUUUCCUGUCGUAAUUUUUGGUGCUUGUCGAUGAACCACGUAAUUUCCCGAUACCAGAAUAAAUUUAAUAUAGUCCGUUCCUGUGACAACAUUUUUUAUUUACGAAAUAAUGAACCAAACAACUUUUUAUGCAAUCACCAAAAUCCAAACUUAAAUAAUUAUUUUCGAUAACAAAAUGAAAAUAUUAUAGUCCGUUCGUACUUUAGAGAUUCGUACAAGAAAAAACGAAUAUUAUAGUCCGUUCAUACUUGAUUUGGAUUUGAAUAGCUUUGUAGAAAUUUUUUUUAUUCCGUUAUUUUUCAUAUAUAAAAAUUGUCUUUUCCAAAAUUUGGAUCAUUUGAAUCGUUUAAAUAUUUUUUUCCAAUCGUUUUUUUUGUUAUUUCACUUUAUUUUUUUACAGAAUUCUUUUAUUUACGAAAUAAUGAACCAAACAACUUUUUAUGCAAUGCCCCAAAUCCUAACUUGAAUAAUUAUUUUCGUCAACAAAAUGAAAAUAUUAUAGUCCGUUCGUACUUUAGAGAUUCGUACAAGAAAAAACGAAUAUUAUAGUCCGUUCAUACUUGAUUUGGAUUUGAAUAGCUUUGUAGAAAUUUUUUUUAUUUCGUUAUUUUUCAUAUAUAAAAAUUGUCUUUUCCAAAAUUUGGAUUAUUUGAAUCGUUUAAAUAUUUUUUUCCAAUCGUUUUUUUUGUUAUUUCACUUUAUUUUUUUACAGAAUUCUUUUAUUUACGAAAUAAUGAACCAAACAACUUUUUAUGCAAUGCCCCAAAUCCUAACUUAAAUAAUUAUUUUCGAUAACAAAAUGAAAAUAUUAUAGUCCGUUCGUACUUUAGAGAUUCGAACAAGAAAAAACGAAUAUUAUAGUCCGUUCACACUUGAUUUGGAUUUGAAUAGCUUUGUAGAAAUUUUUUUUAUUUCGUUAUUUUUCAUAUAUAAAAAUUGUCUUUUCCAAAAUUUGGAUUAUUUGAAUCGUUUAAAUAUUUUUUUCCAAUCGUUUUUUUUGUUAUUUCACUUUAUUUUUUUACAGAAUUCUUUUAUUUACGAAAUAAUGAACCAAACAACUUUUUAUGCAAUGCCCCAAAUCCUAACUUGAAUAAUUAUUUUCGUCAACAAAAUGAAAAUAUUAUAGUCCCUUCGUACUUUAGAGAUUCGUACAAGAAAAAACGAAUAUUAUAGUCCGUUCAUACUUCAAAAUUCCUAGGAUGUACAAUAAUGAACCAAAAAAUUUUUUGGCACUUUUCCAUUUUUACGAUUAUACACUUGAACGUACGUCACAAGUAAAAAAAUAUAGUCCAUUCAUACUUUUUUCUUUUUCUAGAUUUGGAUCACUAGAAUCGUUUACUAUUUUUCGAGUCUUCGUUUUUUGUUGUUUCCCCUUAUUUCCAUUACAGCAUUUUUCAGCUACAGUGUAAUGGAUGAAACAUUUUUCAUAUUUACGACCAUAAAUCCAAAUGCACACUAAAAAUAAUAUAGUCCAUUCAUACUUAUCGAUUCGUUUAUUCAAAUUUUCGAGAUAUUACAAGUUAUGUGGUUCAAAAAAACUCAAAAUCGAUGGAACGAGAGAUGUUGGAAUAAUUUUGAAAAAAAAACACUUUUAGGUUAUGUUUACUCGAACUCAAAAUUACAUUUUAUGCACCCACCGAAAACUAUUCAAAAAAAUGUCGAAAUGGACUGCAAUUGUUAUUUAAAUAAGUAAUUUUUUUUUAUAAAUAUAUAUAUGAAUAUGGUGUUUACAUCAUAUUAUAAUUGUAAAUUUUUGUAAAAUAUCAAACAGAUAAAUAUAUAUUUCUAACUUAAUGAAAUGAGAAUGUUGAGCCGAUUUAUAGCCUAACGUAAAAAAAAAAGAAAACAAAAACAAUACUACUCUAAAAAUUGUUUUCAGUCCUCAAAAGUAACUUAGUACCACAAAAUGUCCUAAAAAACUUUUAAUUGACCAUCAUUUUCGCCUCCACGUCAAUUAUUAUGAACCAAACAACCAAUUUUUGCUUGUAGACAGCAUUAAUACGAGGGGUAUACUCAAAUUACUUCUCAUCGAUACAUGUAUGUUUAAAUUACUUCCUAUAUUAAUUGCUGAAUUUAGAAUUUUGAAAAAUUAAUUAAAUUUCAAAAUUUUACUUAUAAAAUCUUUUUUCAGUUAUAAAUUCCACAUCCACAGCCAUUAUCAUGAACCAAAUAACAAUUUUUUACUUCAUAUCUGUAGAUAACGAUACAAAUCGGUAAUACGAGGGUCGUUGAUUGAAAUAUACAACAUUUAAACACCUAAAUCCUGUAUUUUUUCUACGACCAGUUCAUCGAAAUUUUAAUUUGUAAGAAUAUUAUCGAUUUCUUGGUUUUUUUUAACAUUCUCGUAUCAUUUCCUCAGAAUCAAAUUGUAAAUGUUGUUUAUUACGUGUCUUUUUUUUUCAUAUAUUGAAAAUUAUAAGUGUUGAAAGGUCAGUUUGUAAAUAUAAAGGCCAGAAUUUAAAAUUAGUGUCUGUGAUUUUAUUAUAAAUAAUACGAAACUAGAUUUUGUAUAUAUACAGUAAAAAAAAUGAGCGAUCGUUUUUCCAGUAUAUCCAAAAAUUAUCAGCAUCACAAAAAGUACAUCUUUAUAUCGUACUUCCCUCGUAUUUGAUCAAAAAAUGUUUUCGUAAUCACUUAUAGCACAUCACAACGUUGCCAAAUUUAAAAAAAAAUAUAUGUAAACUUUGAAAAAAAAUGAGGUUAUGUUUGGUAUUGAAUUUUGCUUUAGGUGAUGUUUGAUGUUGAAAAUCUUCUGGGAAAAUGAUCGAUUUUCUAUUUUCUCGAGUUAGUCAAUUACUUUUAAGGUUUUUUAAAUGUAUAUAGUGUUAAAUUUUCUAAUUAAGCAUUGGUUUACUUUGUUGAUAUACCUCCACUGCAAAUAUAAACAAUUAUUACAUUGUA